AUGCCAGGAAAUUCGAGAUACGAAGCUCAGGUCAUUCCGGAUUCCUAUGCUGACCAUGAUCGAACGAGUCGUCCGAAUACCACAUCGAUAAUGUCUGCGGACUGCUGGGAGCAGGAAAUGGUGAGGGAGGGGGGAUUUAAAGGCGAACAACAUUCGAAUCGAUCGUAUUUAGUCCCCCGAGCUUCUGUCCCAGAGCAAACGCAUGCAUACCGUCCUUGGUCUAGAGCUCCUACGAAAACCUCUUCAGGUGUCUGGAUAAUUCUAGUUACAUUGAUCUCAGCUUUCUGGAUUACUCCUACUUCCGCCGUGUUCAUAGAGUUUCAGAACUGUUUGGAAGAGAGCUACCAGGGUAAUACGCCUUAUCAGUUACAAUUUGUUCCGUAUUUCCUAUGGGCAGUGUUCAAUACCACCGAAUCGACUCAUAAUCUUGCGGUUCAAGUAUGGGGUGAUGUUAAGGGAUCAGGUCCAGGGGCAUCAACAACUGAUAAAUUACCCGGAUCCAACGACACAGCGUACUGGCAAAGCAACUCAACCGAUACCUAUAAUGGCAAGAUCGCAGACGAGCCCGAUCCAACAUCUCUAAAGCUCACAACGCUUUUCAAUAAAGUCACUGUGCUAACCUAUCAGCCUUACAGUGCCGCUGUAGAUUUCUGUAACCAGCUUGUCAACGGCACCUGUCCUCUUGGCCCUACCUUCAAUGCAUCAAUAUGGGAUCCAUACACUCUUCCUUCUUUUGGGUUCAACAACAACUUCUACUCUUCGUAUGCUUUCACUUCGUUCUCUGCAACGAUGGUAAUCAAGAAUGGCGACACUGCUGCGACUACUAUUGGUUGCAUAUCAGCUGAUAUUACGCCUGACAUUGGGGACAGUUUAUCUGCCACUGUGAAGUAUGUACCCUUAAUAGUGCUUCUCUGUGUCGCAUUUGCAACUGCUUUUGCGGGCAUAUAUAGUCCUUGGGGCACCAAUGACAUCUUUCGCUGGACAACAAACUAUGGUCGAGAUGCAGACCUGCUCCGUUUGGUCACACCUGGAUUCGGCGAUUGCUUACAAUACAUCCAAUUUGUUGCUCUUACUGGAGGCUUAACACUUGACUAUCCUGGCUUUUAUCAACCAAUCGUUAGUAAAGUUGCAUGGUCAUCAUUGAUGUUCAAUGAAAGCUUCGUAAGCAACACUUAUCAAGACAGUCUGGUCGACGGCAUAUACGUAGUGAAUGGAACUUAUGGUCUUGAUCGCAUGCGACAACUGAUUGGAAUGGGAGAAUCUGAUGAUGUCUGGGCUGGCAUGGCUGUUUGGCUUUUGGCUAUUAUUGGAGUCGUCCUUGUACUAAUCCAGCUGGGUUUCGCUACGCGUUGGGCGUGGAGGCUGCUAAUGGGCACUCAAGAAGAGGAUUUGAGGAAGAAACACGUGCCAUUUUCCGUUGGAAACGUGAUUCGUAUUGUUUUUAAUUAUUUCUUGCUUCCUAUUGUUGCCCUUUCCAUGUUUCAGUUAGUUGAGGCUUCUAGGUCACCAGCCUAUACGACCGGUCUGGCGUUACUUAUGCUGAUCUUAAUUGUCGUUUUUGCCAUCUACCUGUUGUACCUUAUCGCAACAGCAAGACCGAAGUCCUACCUAUUCGAUGAUCUUCCAACGGUGCUUACCUACGGAGCGUUGUACAACACAUAUUCAGACAAUGCAGCCCCUUUCGCCCUCGUACCGGUACUCCUGACCUUUCUCCGCGGUAUCUCAAUUGGAGCUGUUCAACCAUCAGGCAUUGCGCAGCUGGUUCUUCUUGCGAUUUGCGAAGUCAUCACAAUAUUAACCUUACAUGCGUUUCGACCUUUUCAUUCGCCGACAUCAAUGAAUGCCUACCACACUUUCUUCGCUGCGGUGCGCUUCUCAACCAUUUUGUUAAUGAUCGCAUUUGCUCCUUCACUUGGUAUUACUGAAGGGCCAAAGGGCUGGGUUGGCUAUGCGAUUCUCCUAAUGCACGCCAUUGUCCUCAUUCUUGGCUUCAUGUUGAAUGCAAUGCAGACGAUUGUUGAAGUUGCUGCCAGGCUUGCGGGUGCCGGAGGCAAUGAAAGUGGCGCAGCUAGAGGUGGUCUUUCUAAGGUAUUCGGUAUGCGACAAUUGUCUAGAAGGUUGCCCCGUCGGGAUGCCACAUCACGUCAAAGUCAGUUAUCAAGCGCCGCUAUGCUUUCCGACCAAGACAGAAAAUCAUAUCUCGUCGAGGGAGGCAGGCUUCGGAGUCAGUCUGCGGGUAGCGCUGGGAUUCUGCUCAAUAGACAAAGUGCGAACCUCGAUAAUAUGACUGUAGAUGCUUUCGGUGCAAUGCCUACACAUCACGUUGGCAGCGGUGCACCGAGCUCUUAUACCCCAACAACACCAGGAGAGGCAAGCACAUUCUCAUUCCUGCCAUCUGCUGCCGCGCCAAGCGGCCGGGGACGUAAUAAAGGUGCCAUAUUAGGCUUGGAUACAACCGACACAGCCGAUCCUUACUAUCGUCCUCCUAGAUUCCGCCGGCCGACUGCAGAUGCUUAUUCCCCAGGGGCAAGAAGUCGAGGGUCGUGGGCUAGUGGUGAUUGGACUAAUAGGCACGAAUCACCACCUGCCGAUCCUGAUGCCAUUGAGCAUUUGGAAGGUCCUUCAAUUUCUGGCCGUAAUAGUCCAUCUCAGCAACAAGCUUUGGAUGGAGCUCCUUUGGAGCUUAACCGAUCGAAGGCUGACUAUACUACAAGAGAGGUCGACUUCUACUACGGCGUUCGUGGACCUGCUUUGAACGCUGAAGCACCUAGUCGGAGAAUCAAAACUGGUCCUGCAGAUCCUACAGGAAUUCCUGCCUCCGCUGCAGGCUGGUUCAAGAGUUUCUUCAAAGGCAAGACGAAGGAGAAAGGCAAAGGAUUUGAGGUCGUGAGAAGCUCUAGGAUGCCACCAGGAGGGUUGAGCAACGCAAGGAAUGCACCAGGCGAUGAAUCACCACCGGAAGGAAUUCCAGUAGCCACAGGAGCAAUUCGACAUGGUCCAAUUGAUUCCGAUUCUGAUGAUGGGCAUGAUGCCAUCGGUCUAUCAGGACGAGCUGGCCUGUCGCGUGUGGAUGGCGCAGAUGCUGAUGAUGGUGAAUUAGUCAGUCCUAUAGGAUCGGAUGAUGGGCAGAGCUACCAUGAUGACGAGGAUGAGUUUGAAAUGACCAGGAUUUCUGAUAUUCCCCCUUCGCUUCAAGGACUAAAAAUCCCUGAAGGUGGCAUGGAAUUGCCUAGUAGGUUUCCUUCAAAAGCUAGCUCAAGAGUACCUCAUGGUUCACGAGCCGGCGACCCAAUACCAAAUAUGCCUUUAAGUCCUCCAGCUCGAACACCUACAGUUCCGCGAAAGAGUUCUCGUCGAAAAUCACAGAAUACAAGUGUGGACUUGACCAUUCCAGGCAUUAGUCGUCACACACCUCAAAAUUCACUUACUUCACGACUCCCUUUUGAAAGGUCGAAUUCCAACAAGCGACAUUCCGACAUCUCUGCUAGAUCCAGCAUAGCACCGCAUGAGGGAUAUGGACAUUCUCGAAAUACUUCAUUCGGUAAUUUUACCGAGGGAUAUGGGCAUGAUCGGCCGACGAGCGUAGGAUAUGUUUCACAGCAUCACAUCCACACCAUCAACCCACCGGAGAACAAUCCGCAAUAUCUCGGUAGCUCUGCUGAACUGGUGGAUGGACGGAUUAGUGCAAGCUCGUCUAUUGACAAUCCUCGAUGA